AUGAAUUCAAAGACCAUGUGUUUAUAAAAGAGUAGAGUAAAUUCAGAACAAUGGAAAUUAUUACAAAGAGAUGUACUUUAUGUUCUAAAUUUAUUUUAGCCAUAAUUACUUAAAUUAGCAUAACAAUUAAAUAGGAAUAGAACUUAAUCAAAUAUUACAACAUCAAAACAGAUUAAAAUAGGUAAUCAAACUAUCUCAAGGAUCAAAUUGGACUCUAUAAAAAAUGAUUAAAAUGAUGUUACCUAAUAUUAAAGUGAAGAACAAGCAAAAUAAAAAUAGACUAUUACAAGUAGAUCAGCUUAAUUUACAAGAAAAAUUAACUUGAAUAAUCAUAUUUAAUUAAAGAAAGUACAUCAUGGAAACUAUUUUUUUGAUAAAAUAAAAGAAAUUUUAACAAGUGACCUUAAAGAUAAUUCACCUUUAAAAAAAAUGAGUAGGGACGCUCUAAAUUAAAUACAUAUGAUGAUAACAUAUUAAGAAUUUAUCCCUGAAGUUUCUCUAUUAUAUUAAGGGAAAUCAUAAAAAUAGUUGAAAAUUGCUUUUGAUCUCGAUGAGACUCUCAUUCAUACAGAAUAAGUACAAAAAGAUAAAGUUUAUGAUUUUUAAAAUAAUGAAUUUGGAGUAUAUAUUAGACCUUAUUGUCAUCAUAUUUUAAAAGAAUUGAGUCAAUAUGCUGAUUUAUUUAUUUAUACAUCUGCUAAUUAAAAAUAUGCAAAAACAGUAAAAAUAAUAUAAUUGAUUAAUUUAUAGAUAAUCAAUCUCAUUGAUCCAGAAAAUAAAUACUUUAAAGGACAUUAUUACAGGAAUAAUUGUAUUACUUUACAAAGUAGAAUCUAAGUAAAACAUUUAGGAAUUCUAUCAAAUGAUUAUUCUAAAAUUGUAAUAAUUGAUAAUAGUCCAAUAUUUUAUAUGUAAUUUAUUUAAGAAUAAAUAAUUUAGGGGUUAACCAUAUAAUGGAAUACCAAUAGCUCCUUUUAUUGAUGAUAUUAAUGAUAAUGAAUUAAUGAAAUUACUAAAUUUUGUGACUGAAAAACUUUUGUAAUCAGAUGAUGUUAGAAUUACAAUUAGAAGAUUCUUCUAAUAUGAUAUGUUUCGAUAAUUUUCAGAUGGAAUCUAAGCAUUCAACAUCUUAUAUAAUUGA